AGUGUGAAGCCGGCAACAUUAAGCGAUGAUAACUGGCUUCCUAUUCGCUGCAACUUUCAAAAUAAAAGUACUCCUAGAAGCUGCCUCGGGGAAACAAAUCAUGGAUAAGAUGAAGUCACAUUUAUAGCAAAACAAUUUGCUUAAAGUCGCUGUGUUCACGCUACUACUCGAGUUGUGCUCAUCUAACCCGGAAGAGCUCUUCGUGGGAGGCGCUUCAAACCCGGAACAGCUCCUGUUCAAGCAGAGUUUAGCAUCACGCUGCUACUGUUAUCACGUUCGGUGCCCACAGUGUGGGGACUUCUGUCACGAUUUGGUCGUGAACUUUCAUAUUUUUUAAAAGAAACUUCUUUCAUUGCAGAGAUUUAUUUGUGUGAAAGAUCACCUGCACCUUUACGCAUCGGUUGCGGUUUAGGGGAUUAAAGUGCAUAGACGGAAGAAAUAUGGGUUCCCCAGAGAAUACGUCAUCUUCAAGCGGUCAGUCUGUGAGACUCUCACCGUCUUUUGAUGGGACCCCAUCUUCAGGCUGCAGUGUUACUGGUCCCUGGACUGAUCUGGUCACUGACAGACUCUCUCCGGUAGGAGAGGGGGGCGUGUCUGUAUGGUCAGAGGAACGGAGGCACCCACCCGCCGAGCUGAAACAGGUCUGCCAAGAGCUGGAAGCUAUCCACAGCCAGCUGCAGGUGAGAAACAAGGCGCAGCGUGAUCUUAGCGUUCAGCUUUGGGAGCGCGAGCAGCACCUCCUGCGCAGUGAGGCCAUGGUCCUCCAGCACCAGAGGAUGGUCCUCCGAAUCGGUGAAAUGGAGAAGGAGAUGCAGAACAGCAUCCACGCGAUCAGGGAGCAUCAUCAGAGAGAAGUUGCACAACUGAAAGAGAGCCUGAAACAAAAACUCAAAGAGAACAAGAGGCUUGUAUCUUCUUUUGAAAGCAUGAGGGAAUUGAAUGAUUCCCUGAAAAAGCAGAUAAAUGAUGUAACUGACCAGAACAAAAGACUCGGAGCGCAAACUAAAAGGGUACAAGCUCGUCUAGAUAAUCUGCAGAGAAAAUGUGAAUAUUUAAUGGAACACAAAAUUCGCAAAAACGUCCCUCCAGCCAUCAACACAUUAAACCAGCCAAAGCAAGACAAGCCCACAGCCACAGUUAAACCAGCCAAGGCCUCUCCCAGGUCCAGUGCUCACCACCUGACGGCGGUUCUUCUGGACUGGAUUUCAGAGAGUCACCUCUGUAAUCUCCCUCCGCGAGAAGACGGCGGCUGCAGCGCCCUCGGCCAACAUGCCGCACAAAACAACUUUGUUCAGGAAAAAUGUGUGAAGGUUUUGCCAAUGCUUUCAGAGCAGCUUCGUUUGAUGCCACUUUGGGAUGACAGACUCCAAGUUCCUCUGGUGAAAUGUAUUUACUGGUCCUUAAGGCAAAUAGAAAAGACCCCACAGCAGAUUACUCUGACUUCAACGCUGAGGAGGCUAGGUGAGGAAAUUUACAAAGGAGCUCUUCCGAAUGAGUUACAAGCCAGCUCCCCUGACCAAACAUCCAGUGGAAAACUAAAGUCAGCUGUUCUCUUCAAAAGCCCUGACCUGCAUACUAGAUUUCUUUCAACACUGAUUGUUCUUAAAACUAUCUCCCAAGACUACCUGGCACACGCCUUUGACUCGUUGCAGAAGGACCUGCAGAGCGACGAAGGCAGGGCUCUGUUCCUGCAGUACCAGGCUCUGCCCCUCAUCCUUGGGCACCUAAGGACAGCGCCCUUGGGCCUGCUGCCUGCCGCAAUGGGCGUCUUGCUGCAGAUGACCACAGAGUCCAGACUCUUUCACACGUUUCUGGAAACCUGCAGUAACAAAGAUUUUUUCCGUACCGUCUCUCUGCUUCUCCAAAAUCCCAAACUGGAUGUUCAGCUAUUGGAGAAGCUCAUCAUCAUACUCCAGAAGCUCUCCAAGAUUAAGAAGAAUAAGAGGCUGUUUGAACUCUUUACCAUACAUCAUACAGUGCAGGAGAUGAACAGAACAGCUGAUCCCACCCAUGUCUUUUUAAUAAUCAAUCUUCGGUCCAUCCUAUUCAAUCUGGGAUUGCUGGAGGGUGGCUCUUCAUCAUCCAGUCUGAAGACUCAAAGUCUAACACAGCAUGCUGCUCUUGGGUUCGAGAUAAAAUUGUUUUUCAUCCCUUAAUAGAGUGGAAGUGGUACAGAUACAAGCUUCUUGUGGCUUUUCUUUUGAGUCUUUCAACAUGAAGAAACAGGCAGUUACAGUGCAAAGCAGACAAAGUUUAUUUACUUAAAAAAAAUGAUGUAUUAAGCCAGCGAAUACUUUUAAAUAUACAAAAAAGAUGUUAUAAAAUAAAACAUUUUAAAAAUAAAUCUUAGAUGUAUGUCUCGAAUGAAACUUUUUGCCAACUACAAAGGAAAAUGCAGGCUUACUCCAUAUUUGUUUAAUCGACUUUGAAAUUCAACAGACAUUUCAGUACUAUGUCAUUGUUGAAUUGUUAUUGCAAAUACACCUGAGUCCUAAAAAUGUGAAAAUUAUCUUGAUUUGGAAGGUCAUCACAAUGGCUGAAUCAGAGCAAUACCCAAAGGAUAACUGAAAUAAAAUUUUGUACAAGGCUGGUGAUAGAAAUAGAAGAGAUUCUAAAGGUCAAGUCCUAUAUUUCCCCAGGAGCAACUGCAAAAUAAUCACUGAGGUCACUACUGUUCUGAAGGCUACAUCAGUAAAUCUUUAGUUAGCCCUAAUACAAGCUGAAGUUCACGUCUCAGCAACAGAGCAAGAUUUGCACAAGAAUGGACUUCAUGCCGAGAUAACAGGAAAUAAGCAAUUGUCCAGUUUAGACACACAAAAAACAUGUCUUAGAUUACCACGGACCAAUGAGACAAAUCUAAGGCUUUCCAGGUAUAAUAAAGCUUCUUACAUUUAAUCCAAAACAGAUACAACAUUCCAAAAACAUUUGCUUUGAGCUUUAAGUGAAGAUUGGAGAUUGUAGCAUUGUGAUUUGGAGCUGCUAAUCUGUAAUGGGCACUACUAAGAUCAUUUAAAAAGAAGGAAAGAGGACUUUGUGCAAAACUCAGUCUGUUCUCAAAGCCACAGGUCAGCUUGGCAGGGGUCAGCAUUAAUGCUAAACGUGACUUCACUUUCCACAGCUACUUGAGUUAAGAGAAAUAAUUAUAGGGGUUUCAGGGACUGUCGUGAACUCAUAGGAAUUACUGUGGAUUGACCUGCAGUGAGCUGGAUAUGUCGGAACACGGGCUGGUUGGUCUCGGGAGGUAAUCCGUUGUCUACUGCACGAGCCAGUCAUAAAGCAAGAGUCGAAGGCUGCGUAUAAUUUCCUCAUUCUGACGUGUUUGGGUCUCAACAUUCUGGGCAUCUUCUCAAAUGUCCUUCCUCUGUCUGGAUCCUCCAGUCAUUCAUGUAGAUGUUGCAUUUCUGCAAGGUCUUUUAUGAUAUUUAAGAAACAUGUUUCUGUCCUUCUUUGGGACAUUGGAAUCCAGACAACAUGCCCAACACAGCAGAGCUGCUGGUGGAUGACCACGGAUUAAUCUUGGGAGUGCUUUUUUAGAGAACAGCUGAGAUUGGCAAAAUCUGCCAAAAACAGCGUUCAUGAUAUGGAACCAAUUGUUUUAAGUGUCUUCUGUAUGUUCUAUAGUGUCUGUGUUUUAGCCCCUUACAGUAAAGUAGGCAGAAAGGAAGACUAUGCAGUACACCAUCAGUCUGGUUGCAGUUCAUGGAAGAAAAUCAGGAAGGAAGCAAUGGUGUCUGAGGCAGUUUUCAGUCAGAUAUGGGUAUUGGGAGCUUCUUCCAGAAAUUCACAUUUGUUUUCAGGCUUUGUUUCCUAUUGCACAUCUGUAACCUGUCAUCUUCUGUACUCACCGUUGAGAGGUUAGGAAGAAAACAUGAGAUCCAGAAACAAAUGUACAGACCACAUUCCUCACAAACUACUUCUAAACUCUGCAAUAAAGUCAC